GGUAAUAUUUCACGAACCGUGCGACAGCCGGAUCCAAUAGGUCGAAUCUCGGUCAUUGUUGCCGAAUCGGCAGCGUCGAAAUACUAAAAAAAUCGAACCGUCUCCGAAAUACUCGCCAGUCGUCGUCACCUUUACUACCGUAGUCUCGUUCCCGAUGGCUGUAUAAGUCUGCGAAAUCGCCACGACUUCUCGUCGUCUAGCCCGCCGUGACAUAGCUGCAGUCGUCUCAACAAUACGUAGUAUUUUGUGUACGAUUAUACGACAAAAUGGCUGGCGUGUACAUCCGGAGACACGGAAGUGUCAUGGUCGAUUCACCGUCAUCUUCGUCGGCCGUACAUCCGCGAAAUCAGCCGACUCCAGCGGCCGUGGCAUUGCGAUGGCGGUCUGACUCGUACCAAGUGAACGGUCCCUGCAACAGCGUCGAUCCGCUCGGCAAUAAUCCGCGGACGGCCGAGCCCGGGCCAGUCGUCCAGCUCACGAAGCUCAGGCACAACUGUCCCGCACACGAGGACGACCUGCAGUCACCUCACCAUUAUCAGCAAGGAUUUAUCUCCGUGAUCAGCGAAAAUAGAAAAUCAAUAACAUUUCAAAAUAAUAACGAGCCACCAUCAAGUAUAGAGCUCUCAUGGUGGUAUAUAUUCUGUUUGAAAUGCCGUCAGAAGGAAGUCGGGCCCGGAUGGGAGCCGGGAUGCUGGCCGAAGACUUGCCCGCACCCAUACUGCCCGUCGUACCGGCACGUGGCUCGGAUCCUUGCGCUGCUCGUCACCGUCACGCUCUUCUGGGGCGUAGUGCUAGCCGUAAUGGGUUCGGACGCCAAACCGGGUGGGCAACUGUUCAACAUCGCCGUGUUAGUGGUGUUCGCGUACCUGGGCGGAUGGGUGUUCCGCAUGCUCACCUUACCUGCGCUCGUCGGCAUGCUCCUGGUCGGAAUCGUCUACAAGAACGUCGGCCUCAUCCACAUAGAAGGCCACUACACCGAACUCGUGUCAAUGUUGAGAAAAAUUGCAUUAGUAGUGAUAUUCACGAGGGCGGGAUUAGACUUGGAUCCAGUAGCAUUGAAAAAGCUGUACUGUAGAGUGUUGUUCCUUGCUCUGGUCCCGUGGUGUACCGAAGCAGCCGUUAUCGCGACGACCGUUCACUAUCUGUUGAAUCUUCCGUGGCCGUUCGCUAUACUUUGCGGAUCGAUUAUCGCUGCCGUGGCUCCAGCUGUAGUAGUCCCGUGUCUUUUUCGUCUAAGAACGAAGGGCUACGGUGUAGCCAAAGGAAUCCCAACGUUGAUCAUAGCAGUCGCUGGGAUCGACGACGCCGCAUCUGUCAUAGCUUUUGGAGUUGGUACCAGUAUGCUUUUUGGAUCAAAUUCAGUUACUUAUGAUUUAUUGUUAAGCCCAGUGUCAAUAGCAGCUGGGAUAUUGUAUGGUUUAAUUUGGGGUUUUAUUGUUAAAUAUGUUCCAGAACGAAGUGAUCCUUACGUAGUACCAUUACGCAUUUUAAUGUUGACUGGAGGUGGAUUAUUAGCUGUACUGGGUUUUGAACGUUCAAGUUUAGAAGGUGCCGGUCCAUUAGCUGUGAUAAUCUCAUCGUUCACUUCAAUUUAUUUUUGGACUAAACAAGGGUGGAAUAUUGAAGAUAACCCAGUGGCAACGGCUUUUGAAAUAUUUUGGAUGAUUUGCGAACCAAUACUGUUUGGAUUGACAGGCACACAAAUUGUACUCAAAGAACUUGACCUGAAAUUCGUAACAGUAACCGUUAUGUGUGUCGCCAUCGCUUUUGUGUCACGGAUUUUUAUAACGAUCAUAGCAGCGUCCGGGAGUUCUUUGAAUUUUAAGGAAAAACUGUUUAUCGCGUUAUCGUGGAUGGCCAAAGCAUCUGUUCAAGCCGCUCUGGGACCGGCCGUAUUGGAGGUCGCUCUCAACAACAAAAACCAGGACCACAUCGAUUAUUCUCGGACGAUCGUGAUGGUGUGCAUCAUAUCCAUCCUGUUAACCGCCCCGGCUGGUGCGAUUAUCGUCUCGCUGUCCGGUACCAGGCUGCUGACCAAAGCCAAGCCCAGCAACGAGCAGUGGCGCCGCGGUCCCAGGCCGUCGAUCCGCGACAUAACGCUGAACAGCGAGGACGAGGAAAACGGCACGAGCGUGAGCAACGACCUGCAGGUGCAGGAGUGCAUCAGCGACGUGGCAAAAUCGGAAUGCACUGCCGCCGAGGACCGGAGCGACAAGAUUUGAGUACCGAGUCCGCGAGAAUAACGUUUGAAAAAAAAAAUCGAAUUCGUCUCGCCACUAUUAUACGUACCUGUACAAUAUAGAUAUAUAUAUAAUAAUAUCGCAAUAACACGAGUGUGUAGUAUUUAUAAUAUUACACGCGUAUUAUAAUAGAUUAUAAUGUACGAGGCUGUAGGUGAAUCUCGAUUUCCGAUUUCCGAAUCGGACGUUUUUGUUUUAAUUUUUAUAAUUCCACUGUACAGUCUAUACCUAUUAUGGUUCUGUUACGAUGUUUUAUAUUAUUUUAUAGACGGGUUAUAGUAUUCAUUAUGCGACGGUUUAAAAUUUAAAUAUAUUUCACGUGACUAUCAUAUUAUGUUAUGUUCACGUAAUACUGUACCUAUA